UAGUAAACGUGGAUACAAAAUUACCUGUUUACAUCAAUAAUAUACAAACAUUAAUGUUUCAAAUUUAAACAAUUUUAUCACAUUAAUUUAAGGCAAUAAUUCUGGUGCCUGAAAAUUUAGUUCUUAAGAAAAAGGCACGCACACGUUUCAGUUCACUUCUGCAUUUGAAGAGACCAGCAAGCAAGCAAGCAAGCUAAGCACACUAAGCAACUAAGCGCCUAAGCAGCUGAGUUAACACAGCCGCGUUGGCACACAUAUUCCAUUGAUGAAGGUAAUGCGAAGCAAUCCAUAACCAAACCAGCGAAGCAAACAAUACGCUCAUGCAGCUGGAAUAACUAGCACGCACUAGACACGUUGGCAAUGAGGAGAUAGUGUCGCUGAAUGGAAUUACGAAGUCAAUAGCAAAAAUGCGUCGUCCAAAUUUUAAGUGGAUUGUGAAGACGACAUUUCUGUUGCUCUUAUCACUGGUUCUGUUCCUUCUAAUCACUAGUUGGAUAUCGUCGACUCCAUACACAAACAGACCCGUUCAUCAUGGAAUACAACCGGAACCGGCCGAACAGCGUCAAAGAUUGAAUAAUGAUAAAAUUGACCAACAACGUGAUAAUUUUCCUUUAAUUGAACCGCAAGCGGACGCACUGAAUGCUGUACGGCCUGACUUGCAGGCCGAGCCGAAUAUAGAUGAUCAGGUGAAUGCCAUUGACGACGGCAGCGAUGAGGAAGACGAGGAUGUCAAUGCCAAUCGGCCGGACAAUGAUAUUGAUCAGCAGCAGCCGCCGGAGGAAUUGAAUGUUCCUCAAUUAGAUGCACCCAAUGAGCAAAAAAAGGAUUGGCAUGACUAUACGGCCAUGGAGCGGGAUGCGAAACGUGUAGGUAUUGGUGAGCAAGGUAAAGCAGAAAAAUUGGAUGAAUCCACACAGGAAUUGGAGCGAAAAAUGUCUUUGGAAAAUGGGUUCAAUGCAUUACUCUCCGAUUCUAUUUCGGUGAACCGUUCAGUGCCUGAUAUAAGACACAAGGGUUGUCAGAAAAAGUUGUAUCUGAGUAAUCUGCCAACGGUGAGCGUCAUUUUCAUAUUCUGGAACGAGUACAUGAGCGUCUUAAUGCGUUCCGUGCAUAGUUUAAUAAAUCGGUCACCACCCGAAUUACUUAAAGAGAUUAUACUUGUGGACGACUUCAGUGAUCGUGAUUAUCUUAAAAAGCCAUUAGAGGACUAUAUCGUCGAGCACUUUAAAAAUGUUCGCGUUUUAAGAUUGCCGCGUCGCACAGGCCUGAUAGGGGCACGGUCUGCGGGUGCACGGAAUGCUACCGCCGAAGUUCUUAUCUUUCUGGACUCUCACGUCGAGGCUAAUUAUAACUGGUUGCCACCAUUGUUGGAACCCAUAGCUCGGAACAAGCGAACCGCCGUGUGUCCCUUCAUUGACGUCAUCGAUCACAAAACGUUUCAAUAUCGAGCACAGGACGAGGGGCAACGUGGUGCUUUUGACUGGCAAUUCUUCUACAAACGUUUGCCUUUAUUGCCAGAGGAUUUGAAGCAUCCGACCGAACCGUUUAAGAGUCCAAUUAUGGCUGGUGGACUGUUUGCCAUAUCUGCGGAGUUCUUUUGGGAGUUAGGCGGCUAUGAUGAGGGAUUGGAUAUUUGGGGAGGAGAACAAUAUGAAUUGAGUUUCAAGAUUUGGAUGUGUGGCGGAGAGAUGUAUGAUGCACCGUGCUCGCGUAUUGCUCACAUCUAUCGGGGACCCCGAAAUCACAUGCCCAGUCCUCGCAAGGGUAAUUAUCUGCAAAAGAAUUACAAACGUGUUGCCGAGGUUUGGAUGGAUGAUUACAAGAAAUAUCUUUACGAUCACGCCGAUGGCGCAUAUGAUAAAAUCAAUCCCGGCGAUCUCACUGAGCAGAAAGCUGUGCGUUCCAGACUGAAAUGUAAAUCUUUUAAAUGGUUUUUGGAUAACGUGGCCUUUGAUCUAAUGAAGACAUAUCCACCUAUUGAACCGCCAGACUAUGCUAGUGGUGCAAUACAAAAUAUUGGCGAUAUAAGCAUGUGCGUGGAUACUCUUUCACGUAAGCGCCACAAUCGUGUUGGCCUCUAUCCCUGUGCCGACAAUUUAGAGCGACCACAGCGUACGCAGUACUGGGCGCUUAGUUGGCAUCGGGACUUGCGGCUGCGUCGUCAAAAGGAUUGCCUCGAUGUUCAGAUAUGGGAGGCCAAUGCACCGGUUUGGCUGUGGGACUGUCACAAUCAAGGAGGCAAUCAGUAUUGGUAUUACGAUUACGAUGCCAAGCUGCUAAAACACGGCAAGGAGGGGAAACGCUGCCUCGAAAUGCUGCCGCACAACAAGGAGCUGGUCGUCAAUCAGUGCAAUAACAAUAAUAAAUAUAUGCAGUGGAAUUUUGGCUUUUUCAAUCGCACAGCGCUUCGGAACUAUAAUAAGGAUUUGGUAUUAAAGAUUUAG